UUCCUUCCUCAACCUCCCACUGGACCAGAGCAGAGCAGCAGCAGGAAAAAGGAAAGCCUGUUUAAUUACUGCAAAUGGGAAAAGAAAGUGAGAGCGAGCUGAUAGACUCCCAGAGACUGACUACGACUUUAAGCAGCACGGCCGCGUUUCGGAGGAAAACCUACGAGUCUGACAGCUUUUUACGACGAGUCUUAACAUGUAGCCUGAACCUGCACAGAAAGUGAAACGACCUGUGAUGACCCUGAACAAACGGCACCGUGACGCUCAGACAUGUACGGCUAUCUCUUCAGCGUCUUUUUCUGUGUCUGGAUCUCACAGUCUGGUUUCUGCGCCGAGGACUGCAGCCAGAGUAUUCUGGCAAAACGUGGGAGGUUUUCUGUGCCAGCAGGGGGCAGUGUGUCCCUGUCCUGUGUGGUCCAACACUGUGGACACACCUGGACAGGCACCUGGAUGUGGAAGAAUUCAACAUAUGAAAAGUCCAGCACUGUUCAAGGAAGUGCAAGGCAUCAUUUAACCAACGUGACGCUUUCUGCCAACCAAACCCGACUGGUUUUGGAAAUUGUGAGAGCUGACCGACUAGAUGGAGGUUCCUAUCAGUGCAGCGUUGUCUGGGGGGGAGGCAACAUGGAACAGGGACAUCUGACAAACGUGAACAUCACAACAGCUGUCCCCUCUCAGAGGCUCGUAUGGCACCGGGUUCUGAUCUGUGCUGCUGCUGCUCUCUGUCUUCCCAUCGUUCUGGGACUGGCUCUCUGUCUGAGGUCAGAGGUGAAGCCUCAGCUGCUUCCCCCACCACAGCUGUACACGUCAGUGCAGAGAACGCCUCCAGGGCCUGCUCCAAAGCCUCCGCCUCGAUGCCCAGCACCACACAAAAGUAAGACGUCCGUUCACAAAGCUGGCCCCAAACCCCAGCAGAGGACUGAGAUAGUGUAUGCACACAUUUCCCAGGAUGCAUUGAGGCAACAGGGAGCCACCAGAGAGUCUGACCAGGCCACUGUUUACUCAGCCGUCAGAUUUUCCUGACAACACCUGACCAAAGCUGAGGCUCAACGAUACAGUUCUGAAGAGGAGACACCGCAGCUGGACAGGAAACUACAGAUCAAUACAACCCUCGCCGGUUCAUCACUUUCAUUUUUGUAUUGCAAGUUUUCUAAAAAUGUUGUGCUUAGAUAUGCCACUGUGGUAUUAAUGUCUAACAUGCCCUGUUGUGCGUCAUAUUCCAGAGCAUACAUCUGUAUGGUGGAUUAAACCACUUUCAUAAGUUUUGAAUGUUUUAACAGCAAAUUUGUCAAAAACCCUUUUGUCCUUCCAGGAGCUGAAUAGUACUGUCAACCACAGGGCAGAGUUUGUCAUAUUUUUGAGAAUACAAUUCUCUAUAAAUCAGCGUUGAGUUUGUGACUGGAACUGAAACCAGAGAUUUCUGACUCAGUGCGAGAAGAACUGAACUUAUUUGAUAAAUGUGUUGCUGUUCAUUGUUUCCUCAUAUUCCUGACAUAAUCCUGUGUUACAGUCAGUACUGAGGAGUUUCAUGAUGUGUUAAUAUGACUAAAACUUCCUUAUUGCUCCUUCUGCUA